AAGAGGGAUGGAAAGAGAGGGAGGGUGCGAGAUGUAGGAGAGUGAAGCAGGGGGAGGCGGAGGGAGCAUAUGACACAAAGGAGAGAGAGAGAGAGAAAGAGAGUGAGAGAAAUAGAUCAGAGCAUUAGAGAUAGGAAGAGGGAGCGGGAGGCUGCGGAUAUCGAUGGUAUUAACAAUGGAGCAUUAGGAUCCAGAGAGGUGAUAGUUAGCCAGACUCACGGCUGGGGGUGAAGACAUUUGAGGAGGGGGGCUCCUCCUCGGUGAGCUUAGGGGGAGGCGGAGGGAGGCGGGAGGAGGAGGAGGAGGAGGAUGGGCCUCGAACACAGACUUGCAAUGGCACUGCAAAAAUUGGAUUAAAGCAGUAUGCUGGACAAGAGUGAGGUGGCAACUCUAGGCCUACCCUCCGCGACCAGCCAUGGAGGCUCUGACACCAACAUCAGCACGGACGGAGCGGGGGCGUCGUCGUCGUCUGGGGGCAUGGCGGGGGGAGCGGAGGGGGCAGGGGCCGGUGAGCCGCAGCGGACACGUGCUGCUCUGGAGCACUUGCAGCAGAAGAUCUUGAAGGUCACGGAGCAGAUUCGCGUGGAGCAGGAGGCGCGUGACGACAACGUGGCGGAGUACCUGAAGCUGGCUCACAACGCAGACAAACAGCAGGCGUCCAGAAUCAAGCAGGUGUUUGAGAAGAAGAACCAGAAAUCAGCACAGACUAUUGCGCACUUGCACAAGAAACUAGAGCACUAUCACAAGAAGCUAAAGGAGAUAGAGCAGAAUGGGCCGGCCCGGCAGCCAAAGGAUGUCCUGCGGGACAUGCAGCAGGGAUUGAAGGACGUGGGGGCCAACGUUCGUGCUGGGAUAAGUGGUUUCGGAGGUGGGGUAGUUGAAGGAGUCAAAGGUGGGGUAUCUGCCCUCACUCACACAGCCGUGGUCUCUAAGCCAAGAGAGUUUGCCAGUCUCAUAAGAAACAAGUUUGGCAGUGCUGAUAACAUUGCCCACCUAAAAGACACACUGGAGGAUGGAGUUGGGGGGCACUCUGAAGACACCCCCACGCCCCGCGCCCUGAGUGGAAGCGCCACUCUGGUCUCGAGCCCAAAGUACGGCAGCGACGACGAGUGUUCCAGCGCCACCUCCGGCUCCGGAGCAGGCAGCAAUUCUGGUGGGGCCGGAGGAGGAGGCGUGAUGUUGCCAACCAUGGGGAGUCCCAGAUUGGACGGGCACCACCACCACCACCAUCACAUGCACAGUUCUUGGGACUCUUUACUUGAGGGUCUGCAGGAGAUCAAAGCCAGCCAGACACACAUGGAGGAUGCCAUCGAGGACAUGAAGGGCCAGCUGCAGAGCGACUACUCUUACAUGACUCAGUGCCUCCAAGAAGAGAGAUACAGGUAUGAGCGACUUGAAGAGCAGCUGAAUGACUUGACAGAGCUGCACCAGAAUGAGAUGACCAACCUUAAACAGGAGCUCGCCAGCAUGGAGGAGAAGGUCGCCUACCAGUCCUAUGAGAGAGCGAGGGACAUUCAGGAGGCAGUGGAGUCAUGCCUGACCCGCAUCACCAAGCUGGAACUGCAGCAGCAACAGCAGCAGGUUGUUCAGCUAGAAGGAGUGGAGAACGCCAAUGCUCGAGCUCUGCUGGGAAAACUCAUCAACGUCAUCUUGGCACUCAUGGCCGUGCUGCUGGUCUUCGUCUCCACUUUGGCCAACUUCAUCACCCCGCUGAUGAAGACCCGGGCCCGCGUAGCUGCCACUGUCCUGCUGACCUUGCUGCUGUUCGUGCUCUGGAAGCAGUGGGAUUUUGUGGAGCUGUGGCUGCUGCCCAGCUAAGCUUCCUGCAAGACACUCCAGAGGGGGACCAGAGCAAAGUUUCACAAGCUGAUUCCAGCUCCGUUUGCCUUCACUGAAGGACCCAGAGACGGAAGCAAAAUGAAAGCCGCUACUCUUGUUCCCUUUGAGUUUAAAGGUGGAGUUUGAGAGAACAAAGCAUGGCACUUUUAGUCGAGGAGCAGACGAGAGCCGGCCUACAGGGAGCGCUGAGAGGUGUUUACAGAGCAAAAGAACUGAAAUUCUCUGCUUGCCAAGUAACAAAAGACAUCAUCCCAUCUCACCCAAAUAUACUAGCAUUGAUGACCAAUCAUCGAUCGCAUUGCUGUCACCAAAAAACUGCAUUUCUUGCAAGAAAUCUUUGGUCUUUUUCUAAUUAUUUAUGAUACAUUAAUUACAAAGACGAGAGCAACUUCUACCGACUGUAAAAUGUUGAUCAUGUUUGCUGUAAUCUUCAUGUUGAAGCUAAUGUAUAUUUAAGAGGAACAAGGGUUUUUUUUUUUCUUUUCUUUUCAUGAAUGUUAUGUGCUCAUGCAUGUCCUCAUAUGUGCACUGAGAUGCAUCUAGCUGGCAUGAGUUAACAUUUCAUUACUGACAAACUGAAUCUUCUAUAACUGCCAUUUUGGUGUCAGAAUUACAGUGCAGAUAUGUUGUAUCUCCACUCCACUGUGUCAUUCCUGGUUUGUUUCACAUUCUGGUGUUGAAGCAGUGCUUUUCUCUCUUUUUUGUCUUUUUUUUUUUUUUCUUCUUCUUAUGAUUGAAUGAAUAGUUUUAAAAAAAAUCUGCUACAACUCACCAUACUGAUUCAACAAUGUAAUAUCUGUCCACAAAUGCAUUUUCCUAAUAUUUAUUGUAGAACUGCUACUAUCCACAGUGUCAAAUUAACUGGCAUGUUCAAAGUUUAUAUCCAGUUUGCAAAAAAAAAAAAGAAAAAGAAAAAAGAAGACGACUUAUUGCUGUUUUAUUAAACAAUGUAAGAAAUAAAUGAUUUCAUAUUUA